UUAGACCUGAUAGAAGAGAACAAGGAGACUGAAGAACUGAUUGAAGAGGGGGAGAUACAUCAGCUCAAAACUGAAGAAACAUCCUGGAGUCCCUCAUUGAAAAACGACAAUAUACGUUUCACUUGCCCUCAGUGUGGAAAGUGUUUCUCAUUCAAGCAAAAUCUUGACCUUCACAUAAAAUCUCAUCAUGAAGGGAAGCCAUAUGCGUGUGAUCAGUGCGAGAUGAUUUUCACAAUUAAAGGAAACCUUAUUGAACACAUGAAAAUUCACACUGCAGAGAAGCCACACAUAUGUGAUCAGUGUGGGAAGAGUUUCCCACAAAUACGAAACCUUGAUGAACAUAAGAAAAUCCACACUCUGGAAAGGCCAUACUCAUGUGAUCAAUGUGGGACGAGUUUCCCAUUUAAGGGAAACCUUGACGCUCAUAAGAGGAUCCACACUGGAGAGAAGCCGCACAAAUGUGAUCAAUGUGGGAAGAGUUUUGCGCAAAAAGGAAACCUUAACAAACACAUGAACAUCCACACUGGAGUGAAGCUGUACAUGUAUGAUCAGUGUUUGAAGAGUUUCACACAACAACUACCUUUUAACGAUCACAUGAAAAUCCACACUGCAGAGAAGCCACACAAAUGUGAUCAAUGUGGGAAGAGUUUUUCACAAAAAGGAAACCUUAAUGAACACUUGAAAAUCCACACUGAGGAGAGGCCUUUCGCGUGUGAUCAAUGUGUGAAGAGAUUCAUACAUAAAGGAAACCUUAAUGAACACAUGAAAAUCCACACUGGUGAAAAGCCAUAUGCAUGUGAUCAAUGUGGGAAGAGUUUUGCACGAAAAGGAGCCUUUAACGAUCACAUGAAAAUCCACACUGGAGAGAAUCUGCACACAUGUGCUCAGUGUGGGAAGAGUUACGCACGAAAAGGAGCCCUUAAUGAUCACAUGAAAAUCCACACCGGAAAGAAUCUGCACACAUGUGAUCAGUGUGGGAAGAGUUUCAGAAAAUCAGGUGUUUUUAAAGUACAUCUGCUUACUCAUUCUAGAGAAAGGCUAUAUAAUUGUGACCAAUGUGGUAAAACAUUUUUUAGGGCAGAUUUUCUGAAGGACCACCUGAAAGUUCAUACAAAGGAGAAGCCUUACGUGUGUUCUUUGUGUGGAAAGAGUUUUAGACAGAUGGGUGCAUUAAAAACACAUCAGAAAAGACACAGUGGUGUGAAGGAUCAUGCUUGCUCUGAGUGUGGGAAGACUUUUUUUACAGAUGGUGCACUGAAAGUGCAUCAGUCAGUUCACACUACAGAAACACCUUACAAGUGUUCACACUGUGACAAGAGAUUCAAACGGUCAGAAUAUCUUAGAAUACAUGAGAGGGUCCACACCGGACAGAAGCCUUAUCACUGCCAUUCAUGUGGGAAGACUUUCACUCAUUUUUCUUCUCUAAUCUGUCAUAAAAAAAAAUGCAGGUCUGAAAUUACAAGUAGUUCGAGUUCUGAUCUGUAAGACUGCAUCAAACCAUUAUUGAUAAUUGAUUAAUCAAAUGUUG